CGCAUAGCGGAAUUUAAAAAAAAAGCAUAUGGCCACUGGGGCGAAGCGCAGGAAGGCGGACGGGCCUUCAAAGUCUCGGCUGGAGGAGGAGGAGGAGGAAAGCAGUGCCGGCCAGUCAUCUGAUUCGGACCUGGAGAGUGAUAGCGAGGAAGAUGAGGAAGAAAUUAACGAGGAAGUAAACAUUGAAUUUGAAGCGCAUACAAUAACUGAUGAUGAUAAAAAUGGAAUAAAAAAGUUACUACAACAGCUAUUUCUAAAGGCUUCUAUUAAUACAGGUGAUCUGACUGAUAUAUUGAUACAACAAAAUCACAUUGGAAGUGUUAUCAAGCAAACCAAAGUUACAGAUGAAAGUGAUGAUGAUGAAGAUGAUGAUGAGGAGGAGGUUUUUGGCUUUAUAAGCCUCUUAAAUUUAACAGAAAGGAAGGGUACUGAAUGUGCUGAGCAAAUUAAAGAACUGGUCUUAAGUCAGUGUGAGAAGAACUGUGAACAGGAUGUGGUUGAGCAGCUGGAUAAGCUUUUAAGUGACACUACUAAGCCUGUGGGCUUUCUACUAAGUGAAAGAUUCAUUAAUGUUCCUCCCCAGAUUGCUCUGCCUAUGCACCAGCAACUGCAGAAAGAAAUAGCGGAAGCUCAGCGUACAAACAAACCUUGUGGCAAAUGCUACUUCUACCUUCUCAUGAGCAAGACUUACACUAAUAAGAAGAAUGCUAAAAAAAGAGGAAGUGGUACCUACCAGAAGGCAGAGCUAAUGUUUUCAAAUGCUGAAGAAGAAUUUUUCUAUGAGCAAUCAGUGCUGAAAUUCAGUUAUUCAGUAGAAGAAGAGAGUGACUCAUGUUUGGGAGGCAGAUGGUCUUUUGAAGAUAUACCUAUGAAGCCUUUACGAACAGUGAUGGUAAUCCCUGCUGACAGGAUGAGUGCUGUCAUGGAGAAGUUCAAAGAAUACCUUUCUGUCUAGACCAUUUUCAAUGCAAACGGUAUUGAAGAUUGAAGUCAUUCUAUAAACGUUGACAUUUGAGUCAUAAAUGGACUUUUUUUUAAAAAAAACUACUUUGCAUUCUUUUAAGAUUUCCUUCAUAUUGUAAAAUGCCAUGUAUAUAUCUGCAACACCUUUAUAUGCUGUGAAUUGUCAUUUAAAUUUGUGUAAUCAGAAUUUUUAAAUGUCAAUAUUUAUUUGAUGCAUACUUUUCUUACUGAUUUUGUGUGCUGAAUAUAUGUCAUUUGUUCAAUUAUGAUAAUCAGUAAUCUCAUGUGUCAAGUUGUAAAAACUGGUCUUUCACCAUGCCUAAUACAUAGAAAAGAAACACACAGGUGUUCCUUGUUUAAUGACCACUCUUUUACUGAAUGUUCAAACUUAGAACUAUGCUGAAAGAGUGUUAGUUAUAACUGUUCCUUGUACUUAGAGCUGUCACAGUGUUCUACGGUUCCAUGAUCGUGAUUUCCGGCCUUCCCGGCAGCUUUUGUUAAGGGGGAAGUUGGUGGGAAAUUGCAGAUCACAGACUCGAGGUCCUUGCUUUAUGGUGGCAACUGGGACUGCUGGAACUGUUGUCACUAAGCAGCAUUGUCAUGUGGGUUAUUUGACUUGCAGCUGCAUCACUUAGUGAUGAAAUUUCUGCUCUCAGCUUCAUUAAGCAAGGAUCUAUACUAAUAGAGUUUGCAGUGUGAAACUUAUUAAGUAAUGCAUUGUUAUUCAGUUGCUUCAAAUUUUUCAUCAUACUUUUUGUCUUCAUUUCCUUUUUUUGUUCCUUUUGUUUCUGAAAUGAUUGAUAAAUGAUUAAUUUAUGCAGAAUAGUCUUAUUUUCAGUAACAGACAAAUUACUGAAAUAAUAUUAAUUGAAUUCACUUGAUUUAGGUGUCACACAACCCAAAGUGACUUUGAGCAGCUCAUAGUAUGGCAAAGAGAGUAACAUGCAAUAUAAUUCAAAAAGCCAAAACAAACAUAAUAUUGAGGUGUCAGUCUACAAAUCUGUUAAGCUAUAGAAUAAACAAAGAUGCAUAUUUUAA